GUGCGGGCGGGCGCAGCCCCGCUCAGCCCGGGGCUGCCGGCGCCGACCGCGCCAUUGUUGGGGGAGGGGGCGGGAGCGGAAUCCCGGGCGAGCGGAGGCGCAGGCGGCGGCGGCCGCCGAGCGGAGCGGACGCGCCCCAUGGGGAACACGCUGACCUGUUGCGUGUCCCCCAAUGCCAGCCCCAAGCUGGGCCGGCGCGCGGGGCCGGCGGAGCCCGACUACGAGUCCGAGGUCUACGAGGCGGCGGCCGGGGACGCGGUGGCGGUAGCGCCGGCGCCCGCUGCGGCCGUGGAGCCCGCCGAGUUGGAUUUCGGAGCCGGCGAGGGCCACCACCUGCAGCACAUCAGCGACCGAGAGAUGCCCGAAGAUUUAGCUUUGGAGUCAAACCCUUCUGACCACCCCAGGGCAAGCACAAUUUUCCUCAGCAAAUCUCAGACGGAUGUGCGUGAAAAGAGGAAGAGCAACCAUUUAAACCAUGUAUCUCCAGGGCAGCUUACUAAAAAGUAUAGCUCAUGCUCAACAAUAUUUCUAGAUGACAGCACAGUCAGCCAGCCUAACCUUAGAACCACAAUAAAAUGUGUGACCUUAGCAAUAUAUUACCACAUAAAGAACAGAGAUGCAAAUAGAUCCCUGGACAUUUUCGAUGAGCGAUCACAUCCACUCACAAGAGAGAAAGUUCCAGAGGAACACUUCAGGCAUGACCCUGAACACAAAUUUAUUUACAGAUUUGUUCGGACACUUUUUAGUGCCGCACAGCUGACAGCAGAGUGUGCCAUAGUGACGUUGGUUUACUUGGAGAGACUUUUAACUUACGCUGAGAUUGACAUUUGUCCCACCAACUGGAAAAGAAUUGUUUUGGGAGCUAUUCUUCUUGCCUCCAAGGUUUGGGAUGACCAGGCUGUGUGGAACGUGGACUACUGCCAGAUUCUCAAGGACAUUACCGUUGAGGACAUGAAUGAGAUGGAAAGGCAUUUCUUGGAGCUACUCCAGUUUAAUAUUAAUGUUCCUGCCAGUGUUUAUGCCAAAUACUACUUUGACCUUCGCUCCUUAGCAGAUGACAACAACCUGAAUUUUCUGUUUGCUCCUCUCAGCAAAGAAAGAGCGCAGAACCUAGAGGCCAUUUCAAGGUUGUGUGAAGACAAAUACAAAGACUUGUGUAGAGCUGCUAUGAGAAGAUCUUUAAGCGCUGAUAAUUUCAUUGGUAUUCAGCGCUCUAACGCCAUCCUUUCUUAAGAGAGAGACAUGAGGAGUGAGAACACCAAGGACUCCUCUUUGAGAAAGACUGGAGAAAUAGUACCUCCCCUGGUCAGAGACCAGCAGAGGUGGGACUCCCCAGAAUGGAAAGACCUCAAAUUCAAGAGACUCUGAACAGUGACCGCUGACUCCAUAGGAAAGAAUGGGACCUUGUCAAAACAACCACUCUCUGUCCUUUGUAAUGUAAACAGUUACAAAAACCACUCCAAAGCAAAAGCUCUGAGCACACACAGAUAUUGCUUACCAUGUAGGCCAAUGGCUGUGAAAUAUGUGAGGUUUUUAAAUUGUUUCAAUUUUUAGACUUUCGUUUGAGACAGGGUCUUAU